UCCCACCCACCCAUCAAUGCAAUUCCCAGCCACGGCCCACGGGUGCUCUCCUCUCCUCUCCCCAGCCAGCCGGCAGUAGCCCAUAAAUACGCACCCCCACGGGCUCCCACACCGCCCGCCACCGCCGCCGCCUCUCCUCCACCUGAAACGGAACCUCCUUCUUCCCCAGCUCCGACACCGCCACGGCCAUUGCUUCGGCCGGCCGGGCGCCGAGGCAAAGAAGCUAAGUAGAAGGGAAGAGGGGAGCGCGCGCGCGGCGGAGAUCGGUGUAGGCCGGCCGGCAAGAUGAGCAAGGAGGCGGCUGUGAACGUGCUCCUGAGCUGCUUCAUGCACGCUGGCCUCGCGCUGGUACUCCUCGUCUACCUCCCGGCGGCCUCCGUCUGCCGCCUCCUCGCCCGCGUGUUCGUCCGCCCGUUCGCCAGGGGCGAGGACCUCCGCGGCAAGGUCGUGCUCGUCACCGGCGCCUCCUCCGGCAUCGGCGAGCACCUGGUGUACGAGUACGCGAGGCAGGGCGCGUGCGUGGCGCUGGUGGCGCGGACGGAGAUCGCGCUGCGCGCCGUGGCCAAGACGGCGCGCGACCUCGGCGCGCCCGGCGUGCUGGUCGUGCCGGCCGACAUCACCAAGGUGGACGACGCCAAGCGCGCCGUCGAGGAGACCGUCGCACACUUCGGCAAACUCAACCACCUGGUUGCCAACGCGGGGAUCUGGUCCAGCUGCUUUUUUGAAGAAAUCACAAACAUAACCGCCUUCCACAAUGUGAUCGAUCUAAACUUCUGGGGCGCCGUUUACCCGACCUACUUCGCGCUGCCAUACCUCAAGGCUAGCCGCGGAAACAUCGUUGCCACCUCCUCCGUCGCUGGCAGGGUGCCUACCGCCAGGAUGAGCUUCUACAACGCCAGCAAAGGAGCUGUGAUUCGGUUCUACGAGACCCUGAGGGCUGAGCUGGGGUCCCACGUCCGGGUCACCAUCCUCAUGCCGGGGUACGUCGUCUCCAACCUCACCAAGGGCAAGGGCCUCCAGAAGGACGGCCAUGUCGGCAUCGACGAGGAGGCCCGCGACAUUAAUGUCGGGCCGAUGCCGGUGGGCAAGACGGAGUCCCUGGCGGCGGUGGUGGUGGCGAGCGUGCGGCGCGGGGACCACUACGUGACGUGGCCAGGGUGGUACUGGCCGUUCCACAUGGUGAUGUGCGCGGCGCCGGAGCUGGUGGACUGGUUCUCCCGGACGUUCUACGUGUCCAAGUCCGGGGAGCAGGACGGCGGCGCCGCGCUGAGCAAGAAGAUCCUCGAGGCCGUCGGCGGGACGAAGUUCCUAUACCCCAAGACCAUCCGCUCCGAGGCCACCAUGGCAGCUAACUGACUGGACUCGUCAAGGCGUUCGCCACAUAAAUUUGUUAUAUAUAUAAACAUGCAUGGUCUGUUGUUGGAUUAGUAGACGGAUCAGAAGAUCAAGGGGGCCGGUGAGAUGGAUGCAUGAUGGGAUGACCUGCAUUUUUUAUUCGUCUUAUUUUUCAGUUUUCUCUUGUUCUUCUUCUCUCUUUGAUUUACAGUUUACACGUGAUCAAUGUGAUGUGAAUUAAUACGAAUGUUUAUUGGUGGUAUCUGGGCCCCGUGAUAAAAGUGGGGUCUAGAUGCAAAUUGCAAAAGUUGAUGUAUCUAAACAACAUUUGUUAUCAACAAUGUGUUAUCAACAAGUUUGAAUAUCUGGUA